ACUAGGGCACGGUCCUCGUCCAGUUCAAGGCGCCUUCUCCCUCUCCCAUCCCACCGGCGACGGCGAGCGCCGCCACCGUCGUCACCAGGCCCACCACUCGCCCGAUCUCUCCUCUCCGUCCCUCCCAACUCGUUGACGUCGCCCCUCUCCUCUCCUACAGUACCACCUCGCCUUGCCCGAGCCCGAGCAUGCAUGCCACCGCGCAGAGCAUUGAGGGCCACCGGCGCACAGCACGCACGGCCGUCGGCCUGCCCGCGACGAACCACCUUGUCCACUAGGUCUGCCACCUUGAGAUCUACUUCCUAGUGCAAGGAAUCGGCCGAAUGGGCACCAAAGCCGUCGCCAUCAUCCUCCAUCCCCAAGUCCAGCCGCCGUCUGCUUCCCCGGCCUCCUCGUCCCCGCCAUCGAGUUUUUCGUGAGUCACUGCACCUUUCUCCUCUGUUCCCGCUUCUGAAUGUGGCCAGGAAGUUUCUCUUGUCGACCACAUGGUCACCACCUCGCCGCCGGUGGGUUGUUGGUCGGUCCAGACCGAGCUUUUGCCUGUUCAGUCCGGUGCAGGAAAACAGCGGCUCGGUCUGGGACCGUAUCAUGCUCCCGAGCUCAAGGACGUCGAACAUCUCGUGGAGGCGAUCCUCAUCCGCCUCCCGCCCGACGAGCCUGAAACCUUGGUUCGCGCCUCCCUCGUCUGCAAGCCGUGGUGCCGCCUCCUCUCCGACCAUGGCUUCCGCAGCCGCUACCGCACCUUCCACAAGAAGAAACCCCCCCCUGCUCGGUUUCUAACACAGUGUGUACCGCGGUGCCCCCUUCAUCUCCACCACCAAGUUUCUCCCGCGCGAUCCCCGACACUGCUAUGACUAUUCUGUGGUCGACUGCCGCCACGGCCGCGCCCUCCUCAGGUAUUUUGACGAGGAUGAGAACCGGCUCUACCUGGUCGUCUGGGACCCCAUGACGGGCAACGCCAGGAAGGUGCGGCGUCCACAGAGCUACGAUAGUGUUCCAACAGAUUGGAGCGCAGCUGUGCUUUGUGCUGUGCGCGGCUGCGACCACGUGGCUUGCCACUUGGGCCCAUUCUUCGUUGUCUUCCUCACCCUUCAUGAGGGCGAGGGGGUGGCCACGGCCACCGUUUACUCGUCCGAGACAAGGACUUGGAGCUCUCGGUCAUCCCUUCACCUUGGUGUUUUUGAAGAUGAACUGCGCUUGCCUAGCAUCACCACAUUGCUCACUGGAGGUGCGAUCCAUUAUCUCUUUGUGCGCGAUGCUCUCGCUGGUAUUCUCAAGUACGACUUGGGCACGUCUUGCUUGUCAGAGGUUGAGCUGCUGCUGGAGAUUCCGGUCGAGGACUACGAGUACUAUCCGGUCCUCAUUGCACCGGAUGAGGACGAUGGUCGGCUGGGGAUUGCAGAUCUGGACGACGAAAACCUCGACCUCUCCUUGUGGUGGAGGGAGGUUGGUCCCGACCAAGUUGCAGCAUGGACACAACGAACAGUCAUCAACCUCAAGAAUCAUGUCCAUGUAGACCGUCCAGAUGCACCAAGUUGGUUGCGUGGCUCUAUUGAAGGCACGGCCAUAGUUUUUGUAAUCACAGAUCUUGGCACCUACAAGAUUGAUCUCAAGUUACUCCCUCGUUCCCUAAGUUGCGAGAAGCUAAAGCUCUCGAAAGAGUUUUCUGAAUCUGACAGUAUACACACCCUCAUCCCCUAUUUAAGCUUUUACAGUCUACCAGGGGCACAAAUAGAGAAACUGGUUGAUUCAGGAGCAAGUGAAACGGGCAGCGACGAGGAAUUGGGAGAAAGUGAGGCUGGAAGCAGCGAUGAGGACAUGAAAGAAACUGAUGCUGGGAGCAGCGAUGAUGAAGGAGGAGAAAGUGAAACAGGAAGCAGCGACGAGGAAUCGGGAGAAAGUGAAGCUGGAACCAGCGACGAGGAAAUGGAAGAAUGUGAUGCUGGGAGCAGCGAUGAUCAAUGAUGCAGGAGGAAGUGCAGCUGGUCAUUCUGUUUACUGUUUUGGUAUUGGUUUUCGCUCUAUGUUCUAGUAGUAAUUAUUAUUUCUGAAGAUGGCAGAAACAUUUCAUGUGUGCAAGCAUUAUCCUCACAGAUCUCGUCCGGUGCAUAUUAUAUAUGUGCUGUUUGUUUCCAGUAUUGCUCAGCAAGUCA